CGUACAAAACUUUCUCGACCGAAUGAAUUGUCAAUAAAUUUUUUGGAUUGUCGAAAUUUUUAAAGGAAGUGAAAAGAGCCAUGAAGAAUUUAAAGUAGAGAAUGCGCCCUUUGGUUUUUGCGCCUUUUGGUUGUGUGCCGUUUUGACCUUGCUCCGUUUCGUCCUGCGACGUUUUGGUCGCGCCGUUUUGGACCGCGCCGUUUUUGUCCGCGCCGUUUUUGUCCGCGCCGUUUUGGCCCGCGCCGUUUUAGGCUGUACCUCAAUUUUAAUUUUAAUAAUUUAUUUCAAGAGUAUUAUUUUUAUUUUUAUUAUUUUAAUUUUAAAUACAAAAAUGCCAAGAGAACGUUCAAAUACUUUGAGAAAAUCUUCACCAAAUGAAAUUCAAGUAGGUGAUCAAGUAAUGGUUUUAUGUGAAUUACAAAAUAGAGAGCCGAUGCUGGCACAAAUUGUUGAAAUUAAACAAGUCGAAAUUAACAACAAACCGAGUACCUCAAAUGUUAUUAAAAUGGAAGUUGAUGAGCAAACAACAGAGAUUAUUGACACGAAAAAGGAAGAAAAAAGAGAAGAAUCCGCAAAUUCUGAGGAAAAUAAACGAGAAGUUUCAACUUCUGGAGGUGAAGAAAGUCAGAGUGAAAGUAAAGAAAGGGAAGGAAGUCCAGAAACUAUUUUUUAUGUUCACUAUGUUGGUACUGAUCGACGUUUAGACGAAUGGGCAGCUGCUGAAGCAGAUACUUUAAAUGGAAAACAAUUUUUGACAAGAAGUCAACGUCGAUUAAAUGAAGAUUUUCGGCAUGUUCCAAAAUCCUACGAAGAUAUGGACGCUUAUACAAGAAAAUUGGAAAUGGAACAUGAACAGAGAACAAAAGUCAAAAAUGUUGAAAAAGUGCAAUUUGGUGAUUGGGAGAUUGAUGCUUGGUAUUUUUCGCCAUUUCCUCUUUCAAUGGUUAUUAACAAAUCAAAACUUUAUUUUUGUGAAUUUUGUUUAUGGUAUACUUCAGAUCAGGAAAUAUAUACUUGCCAUUUGUUACACCGUUGUAAAAAACGCCGCCCACCCGGAGAUAAGCAAAUUUAUGAAGAUCGCCAAGCAAGUCAUUUGGCUGUUUGGGAGGUUAAAGGCAGUCAAUAUAAAGAAUAUUGUCAAUCACUUUGCCUUCUUUCAAAAUUAUUUUUGGAUCACAAAACACUUUAUUAUGAUGUUGAAGGAUUUUUAUUUUAUAUUUUAUGUGAAUUGGAUACAAAUGGAGAGGCACAUACUGUUGGACAUUUUUCUAAGGAAUUAAAUUCAGCAAAUAAUUUAGCCUGUAUUAUGGUUCUUCCUCCUUAUCAAAGGAAUGGAUAUGGAAAAUUGCUCAUCCAAUUAAGUUAUUGUCUUUCUGAAAGAGAAGGAAUUGUUGGAACCCCGGAACGUCCACUUUCUGAUUUGGGCAAAGUUAGUUAUCGAAGUUAUUGGUGGUGGGUAUUAAUUGCUGUUCUUGAUAGAGAAUUAGGCUCUGGACGUUUAGAAGCUGGUUCAAUUUCCGUAAAUGAACUUUCUCGUCUUUCUGGCAUUCACACAUUAGACAUUGUAGACACAUUUAAAGCUUUACAACUUAUUAAAUAUUGGAGAGGUGACCAUGUUGUGAGGAUAAGUCGAAAGAUAAUAUCACAAAUAAAACAAUUAAAUGUUUUUCACGCCCCAAAAUUACUUUUACAAAAAUCGACAGUUAAAUGGGAAUUAGAAAAUAAUUAUAAUUUAACGACAAGAAAAUAUAGUAGCGAUGUUGAAAAAUUUGAGAAAAUUUAA